AUGAAGCUGCUCUUGACGUUAUUGCUCGUUGGGUUGAAUCUGGUGUAUGCGGAGGAAGGCGAAGUAUGCGCCCUCGAGUAUAACGCCCUCUCCCACUGCCUCCACGAAGCCCAGAGCGGUUCGGAUUGUCCUGCCGGCUGGACACUGUUCCCUAAAACGCGCUCCUGCUAUUUCAUGCUUCCCGACGGCUCCUACAGUUUCAUGGGUGCCGAAGAAGCUUGUCAACAAUACGGUGCCCACCUCGCCUCGAUUCACUCGAAUACCGAGAAUCGCUUUGCAUCUAUGCUGAUGGAAAUCCCAUAUCUGAAGAGUUGGCAGGAUUUGGCGUGGAUCGGGUUGAAAAUCGACAAUAUGAACAUGUCGUGGACCGAUGGCUCGGUGCUGUACUAUCAAAACUUCCUCGACGGCGAGCCGAACCCGGGCCCCGGGGUUUAUGGUGUUAUGAUGUACGCGAACCCGAUCCAGCACGACGCGCCGGAGACGCUGCGAAAAUGGGAUGAUAUUAAGGGCUUCACCACCCUCCGCAGCGGUCUCUGCAAGAAGGUGCUCCCGAAAAUU